AUGAGAACCUUCAUCCUCCUUGCCGCUGUCACCCUUGCCGUGCUCUUCUCCCAAACCGAAGCCCUCGACCUCGAGUGCCAAAUGUGCAAGAUGUCCGUCAAGAUUGUCGACCCAAUGAUCGGGGAGGACACUGAAUCCAUCAAGAAGGCCGUCGAUGCCGAGUGCAAGAAGGAAUUCCACAGUAUCCCAUUCGGAACCCAAGAAUGCAGAAAGUUCGUUGACACCAAGCUUGACCCAAUCAUUCACGAACUCGAGAACGGAACCGCUCCAUCUGAUGUGUGCACCAAGCUCCACAUGUGCUAA